AUGCGCUCUGCCUUAUCCCAGAUGCUGUUCCAAGCAAGCCGUUCAUGGCAACCAAGCACAACCCUCCGCCCACUCACACGACUCUCAUAUUCCACAACUACUACUACCCAUGGAGCGCAUCACAUUCAAACGCGGAUGCCUCCAAAGGAAUCAAUCAAGAACGGGCAUCGUUUUAAGGAGUUCGACCUCAAUGACCGCGUCUACGCCAUCACCGGCGGUGGAAGAGGACUUGGUUUAGCCAUGGCCGAAGCCCUAAUGGAAGCCGGCGCCAAAGUCUACUGCCUCGACCGCCUCGAAAACCCCCACCCAGACUUCAUGGCCGCAAAAGAGCACUCGGAAACCAACUACGGCGGCAGCCUGGAGUACUACCGAAUCGACGUCCGCGAUGAUGCAGAAGUAAACAACGUGUUCGCCGAAAUUGCCGGCCAGAACAAGCGUCUUGAUGGUCUGAUCGCCGCCGCCGGAAUCAACCAUCUCCAGAGCGCCCUCGAGCACUCCCAAACCGCCAUGAACGAAGUCAUGCAGAUCAACUACAACGGAGUGUUCAACUCCGCCACCGCUGCCGCCCGCCAGAUGUUCAACUACCAGCAGAAGGGCUCCAUCCUGCUUAUCGCGAGCAUGAGCGGUCUCAUCGCCAACAAGGGCAUGACUUCCCCUGUCUACAACUCCUCCAAAGCGGCCGUCAUUCAGCUGGCUCGCUCGCUCGCAAUGGAAUGGGGCCGCCACGGUAUCCGUGUGAACAGUCUCUGCCCUGGUCACAUCAUCACCCCCAUGGUCGAGCAGGUGUUUCAGCAGAACCCGGCCUCUCGGGCUGUCUGGGAGGCAGAGAACAUGCUUGGGCGGUUGGCGUACCCUGAGGAAUUCAGAGGUGCUGCCCUCUUCGCUCUCAGUGAUGCUAGCAGCUUCAUGACGGGCAGCACGAUGCUCAUUGAUGGUGGCCACACCGCGUGGUAA